AUGCAAUAGGGUCGGCGAAUAACCUUCCUGGCGGAAUUCUGGGCCCGCGCUCAGAAUCUCCCUCGGGAAUAUGAUACCAGCGCCUGACAAAAGUUGUCUCAGCCUGGGUCGUCGCAAUAACGGAGGUCUAUCGAUUGCCCUGGAGAGUGUAUGCUAAAGUAUAUUCACCCUAUAGUAGGCUGUGUAACGGCUCGCUGCCAAGGGAUCUUCAGCAUGGAUAUUCCCCGCAUGAUACCGUACAUCCUGUAUGUACGACUGUCUAUCUGAUCUCAUCUGUAUGUUCGGCUCUCGUCAAUGCAAGAAUGUCAACCUCCUUGCGUGAUGGAAGUCUGCCAGGCUGCAUCCCACGGGACCGGGAACAGAAUGGCACAUCGACCCUGCAGACUUGUUCAUUGGAAUGCUUGGGACCGUGUAAACGAGCUCUGCGACGUCAUCGGAAGGUGCUCCCGACAUACAGAGACAUACAUGCACGCCUACUCAACCUCAUACAUACAGCACCCCCAUACGUCCCGGCCCAGCCAGGCAAUGCAAGGCGAAUCAUCCCCCUCGGGAAAAAAAAAAUACUGCUUCAAACCCUCCUAGAAGGCAGCAGGGACCUCCGGGGGCAUACUCCAUACAGUUCCCCGAAACGAGUUCUCGAUCGACAUCAGCGCGCUGAUCGCUAUCUGCCUACGACCAAGUGCCUAAGCGGGCGAUACCGCCGACGCCCCAUGAUGUCAAAGUUUUCUAUAUUCAGUAUACUUCGAGACAUACGUAGGCCCUUUGUACACGCUGUUCAGAUCCAAGACAAUGCCAGUAGAUGAUUGAUGGAUGAAUUGGAAAGACAAUGAUCCAACCCAGCCACCAGUUCAGGCAACACAGAUUGUUGA